AUGCUUGUACUCGACGCGGAUACUGGAGUUGUCAAUCCGAAUCAUUGCAUUGAGGAAUGGAUUGACGAAUCGGUGGAUAUCCUAUUUUAUGAGCGUUUUUUUAAUUGGGAAAUUGCCGCCGGGAACUACUUGGUAAAGAAUACUCCGUGGGCGGCUGAUUUUUUACGUAAAUGGGCGAAAUACGAAUUUUUACGGCCAUUAAUGUGGGACAGUAAUGAUCAGGGUGGACUUAUGAUGGUCUUACUCAAAACACUAAUCCCUGAGGCUGUGGCGGAGCAGAACAAAUGCACCUCUUACCUGAUGAACGCUACAGACUAUUCAACCUACAUGGCGUCUGUAAUUUGUGUACGAGUGGCUCUCGGAUCGAGAAGAAUUUGGCCGGGAAAAAUUCGACUCUAUCGGAAAGCUCAUGCAUGGGUGCGAGACAGAUGGAUGACGAGUGACGAGUGGUGUGAUCACGAUUUUAUGAUUCAUGGAUGGAAAGUGAGCAGGAAUGAUGAAAUGAAAACAACACCAUUCUUAAGUGAUAUAGAUCCGAAUCGUUGUGGUGUUGGAUAUGAAGGAUGGAAUUGGAAGUUGAAUAUGCAUGGAAAUACUUCACGAAUAAGGGAACUAAUGAGACUGUCAGAAAACUAUUACAAAAUAAUUUUCCCUAAAGAAGCUCGAGUAAUUCCAUUUAUUGAUAUACCAGAUAUCUAUGAAUGUUAUCCAUAUUGUGAUAAGUUGAUCCGAAGUAAUAAUGAAACUGUUUGA